GCGAGUACUACUGCCAGUCUCGCGCCCCGCUCCGCCGCGCCGCCACGCGCCCGCCGCGCCGACCGACAUCCCACAUAAACAACUGACUAUCAUCACAUUCUCGGAACACGGACCACUAUUUCUUGAAAACUACAGUAUUCCCCGCACAUCCCCAACGUGCCAGUGACAGUGUUUGUGUGACAACAGCGGUUUUUUGCUAGAAAGUGCGCGUCUACCUGGAAGGGUGUUUCUUCUGCUCGCUGGCAGUGAUGCGGUGACGCGAUGCGGGCCCCGCCGGCGUGGUGCGCGGCGCUGCUGCUGGCCUGCGCCUCCGCGGCCGCCUACACCGUGGACUGCAACCACGAGUACACGGACUGCGAGAAUGAACUCAAUAAGCAACAAACCGUUGAAGACUACGAAUCUUCAACAUCGCAGACAGAAUCAGCAACAGUUACAACAGAGUCAACGCCCAAACUACCAGACCGAACCACACCAAAGAUUAUCCCAUCAACCACUCACGCUCCAGAACUAGACCCGUUCUUAGAAUCAGAAGUAGAGAAAUCCACUAAAGACCCGCACAAACUAACAAUAGACGAACUACAAACGUUUGCUAGUCUCUUACACAAUCAAACAACUUCGUUCCCUAAAGGCAAAGCAUUGGACUUAAGUGAUAUAAGCUUAGAUAGUGAUGAAGAAGAGAAAGUGGAUAAGGAUGAUAAGAAAUUGCAAGAGAAGCUGUUUCCCAAGAUGGAAGCGCCGUUUGGUAACCUGAUGGCGACAGACAAGUCUGAUGAGCUGGACGGGACCUGCAAGGAGAUGGGAAACGUUUAUAAGAUUGGAGACAAGCUCGACCGCGGCUGCGAGGAGUCGUGCGAGUGCGCUCCCGGAGGCAGCUUCGACUGCUCCCCGCGCUGCAAGCACCCGUACGUGCGGCGCGGCCGGCGACUCGGCGACCCGCUGUGCUUCGAGUCACCGGUUGACGACUGCUGCUCGAUUAUUGCUUGUGCUACAGGGAAUAAUGAUGGAUCUCAAAAAGGUCCCACAGACGGAUGUCAUCACGGGAACGAGAGCUACGUCGUCGGCCAGAAGUGGAACAUUGGCUGUGAGCAGACCUGCUCUUGUGAUGCGAAAAACGUUGUUACUUGCAAACCCAGAUGCGCCCCUCUGAAGACUUCAGACAAGUGCAUCGCGGUAGCGGACCCGCGUGACGCGUGCUGCCAGCUGCAGGUGUGCGACGUGUCCGAGGACGCGCACGAGGAGCCCGAGAACGUCACCAGCUCCACCACCAGCACCACUGAACAGUCACAGUUCCAACCGCUCGCACCGACGCCGCUCCCUGAAGACAAUGAGUACCACUAUGAGAAAGAAGAAGAACUAAUCAGAAAUAAUGAUGACCGACUACCAGCCAAUGACAAAGAAGCAGACAGAAGAACAGAACUAUACACGAACAAGCCCCCAAUGGCACAAAGACCCCUGGUUUUAAUGGAGCCAAUAGGUUCCGUCACUGUGCUUCAAAACCAAACAGUCCAAGUUAACCUCAUCCACCCUAAUAACACCAAAGACCCUAUACAUUUACUACUGAGCAGCGAUGGCGGUAAAAGUUACAAAGACAUAGAACUCAAAUAUUCCAAUUUAAUCCUAAAUCUUGAUGGAGGAAAGGACUACGUUUUGAAAACUAAGGAAACGGGGACUAAGUUUAAUUUUACGGUGACUGCUUCGGACACUGGUGUUGACAUGAGUGAGUUGCAACAGUCGAAACAAAACGACUCUAUUACCGGAUGCCUUCAUGAGGGCAUUAUGUAUGCAAUUGGCGAAGAAUACCACAUCGGCUGCACAGAGCUCUGCGAGUGUGUCGGCCACAACCGCAGCGAGUGCGCGGCGCUGGCGUGCCCCAGCCACGUGGGGCUGGAGCUGGUGUCGCGCGGCUGCGUGCAGUGGGCGCCCGGCCCCGCGCCGCGCCCGCCCAACUGCUGCCCUCGCGCCGCCCGCUGUCUUAGUGACGGGAGCUGCAAACUAGCGGGGCAUACCAUCCCGAACUGGAGCGAGGUCCCGAUCACCCUCACCGGGUGCGAGCAGCGCUGCUUCUGCGAGAACGGCGAGCUGGACUGCCAGGACGUGUGCUCCCCCCUCCCGCCGCUGCCCCCGCAGACGCUGCGGUGCCCCCCCAUGUUCAGGCCUGCCCCCGUGAAUGUGUCAGACGAGGAUUGUUGCAAGAAGUGGGGAUGCGUGUCUAAUGUUCCAGGAGCGCCACCGGUCUUGACCACCACAGGACCUCACAUGCCUCAACUGCCAGUGUUCCUGCCAACUAUACCUCCUGAAGAACCUGAAUACCCUCAGGAAGACCUGGCGGAUUACGACCAGAACAACGUGCACCGCCCAGUGCUGCCAGACCAUGUCCCCAACCCACAUCUGCCUCCACCUAUCCCCCCGCACACGCUGCCUCCGCCGCCGAAGUAUGGGGAUGAUAACAAGAAGCUAUCGGUCAUUUCGCUGGAGUCUGAUUCGCCGACGAGCAUCAAGAUGCUGUUUGGACUUCCGCCGGUGCUUGUCGGGUUGAGGGGAAGUGUGGAUCUGCGGUAUACUGAUAAACCUGACGAGGACGUAUCCCGCUGGUACUCCCAAGUCUUCGCGCCUACUGACGAGAUCCUCAGCACAUCUCGCCUGGAGUUCCAGCUGAACGGCCUGAAGCCAUCCACUACCUACCGCGUGCGCGGCAAGCUGUAUCUGCACAACCUGCCCGUGGAGCCCGAGAGUGCCGUGUAUAGUGUCACUACUAGAGAUGCUCCGAGGGUGGAAGAGAAGCGUAGACCAGUGGACUGCAAGCUGACAGUGGUGGAGGUCAAUGACACCGCGGCGCACGUCAUCUGGAGGCACUUCUCUGAAGACGAACUGUUGCUGAUCGAUGGUAUUCAAGUCAGAUACCGUCCAGUGGGCACACCCAUCUAUCUGAUGACGGAGCUGCUGCACCACAGCCGCUCCACCGCGGAGCUGGCGGACCUGCGCCCCGGCAGCCGCUACGAGGCGUCGCUGGUGCUGGUGCCGCCACCCCGGGCCGUCGUGGAGCUGUUCGACCCGACUAGUGUGGAGUUUGUCACGCAGCCUUAUAUUGACCCCUACAACUGGUCCGUCACCAUCGAAGCAGCCUCCGUCGGGUCCACCUCAGCAUCUAUCACCUGGCGCGGGGUGCCCUCCCCCCCGGAGCGGUGGGUGCGCGUGUACCGCGGCGCGCACGCGUGCGGCGGCGGGCGCGGGCGCGAGCACGACGCGUUCCAGCUGGCGGCGAGGGACACGCGGACCGAGCUGCUGCUGGCUGGCAUGGAGCCUGAUACUAGAUGCCGAGUGUGGCUGGAGUUAUUCCUGACUAACGGGAAGGUGAAGACCAGUAAUGUGCUGGAGAUCAUGACGAAGCCAGCUGAUUCAGACUCUCCUGUGGAUAACGAGAUAGAGCAGGCAUCAUCGCUGGGCGCGCGCGGGGGGCCUACCACCACGCGGGGCGACUACUACGGCUCGCUGGUGGUGGUGGGCGUGGUGGCGGCGCUGGGGGCAGUGACCUCGCUGCUGCUGCUGCUGAUUGUUGUCAGGAGGCACCGGCCGCGGUCUGUGCCUAUUACUAGCGUGCCAUCGGCCCCUCGGGACUCGUCGUUACCUCCGUACGACAACCCCGCGUACAAACUAGAGCUGCAACAGGAGACUAUGGACCUUUGACAAUUAAGUUCCCGUGGCCCCCUGAACGGGCACGGGGUGCGGGAGCGCGCCGUGGACGUGCCCAACGAGCGCGCCGUCGACGUGCCCGGGGCCAACGGGAACUGCCGGGACGCCUGCUUGUAGGACAUCC